UCUAUGUUCUUCCCUAAUUGAUAUGUUCCUCCUUUAUCCAUGUCUUCUUCUCCUAACCCUCUAAUUUCACCUUCAAUCAUCUUCUAAUCAGAUAUUCGGUUUGCUUAUGAGCAUCAGUUGUAGUGUAGAUCACUACAAGUGGUAUCAGAGAGGUCGAUUCUGCGGCUGCUAGGUUACCAUGAAUGAAUUAUCAGAAAAUCAAACAGAAAUUGAAGAAUUAACUAGUAUGGUCGAUAUCUUAGAACAAGAUAAAUAUGAAGCCAGAAAAGCAUUAUACAGUGAAGUAUUUGAUUUGAGAAUGAAGUAUAUACGUCUAAUCUGGGAUAGGAAUUCACCAGAUCAUGAUUUUAAUCUUCUACAAAUUGAAACUCUCAUUUCCAUCACCGAGAAGAAGUUGGAAUCACUACAAGAGGUUGGGAAUCUGGAACCUACGGAGAUGGAGGAUAAGAUUGUCAUAGAAGAAGUGAUAAUUGAUUCAAGUUCAGCUCGUAAUUUCACUCAACGAUCUUCAAAUCCACCAGUAUCAGAUGAAGUUUUAGGUUCUUCUCCAACAAUAGAAUAUUCUAACAGAUUUGGUGAAUCGGAGUCGAAGGUGCUCGAGGAAAAAAUAGAUGGUGAUUUGAAAUCAAUUCCACUGGAUUCUAGUUUAGUAGACGAUUUCUUUCAAACUUCUUAUACUCUUACAACAACAGAUGAAGAAUCAUACUUACACGGGGGUGAUAUAUUUUUGGUUGGUUCGUAUGUGUGCUAAUAGAGGAAAAUGCUCCUAUUAUGUCCUGAUUUUUGCUGGAAGAGUAAUUGAUAGAGGAAAGUUGUUUGAGUUGUGUUGGGAUUCUCCUUAUUAUGCAGAUAUUAAGUUUGGGAGUAGCUUGGAAUUGUUGUCUUCUUAUUUAAGUGUACUUGUACUUAUUGAAAUUGGUGACAAUGAAUAUGGUUGGCAGCUGUUUCUGAUUUUUUCGCAAGAGAAUAGUAUCACCAGUUACCGUGGGCACUUAUUAGAAUUUUUGUUCGUGAACUCAUUGGAGACUUUAAGUGCUGAAGAUGGUGGUAGUGGUGAUGCUAGGAAGUUGUCUGGCAAAAUGCAGCUCCAAAUUGAUGUUUUCUGGACCUUAUUUGAUGUUCUCCAAAUAAGGGCUCGAACAUUAUUUGAUCGAGGAAAGUGGUUUGAAUUGAUCAAGAUGUAUUCUCAUUAUAAUAGCGGCAGUUUUCAUUUCAGUUUUAGUGUACUUAAAUUGGGUUUGCUUGUUCUGAAUGGGUUCAUUUUAAAGCAUGGUUUCAGUGCAAAUUUUAUUUCUGGGAUGAAUUCUGAACUUGGGGAUCAUCUGGACUUGUUAAUUGAGUAUUCAAGUGUCUUUGAGUUGGUAAAAAGAGGAUACCAGCGUUUUUUCAGCAAGCUCUUUGAGGAGAAGCCACAACAGCAUAAUGUUCUCUGCACCAUGUCGAGAUCUUAUGUAACAAUGAAAUAUGAAUUUGGCAAUGCAGGUGGACUAAUUAUUCAGAUUCUUAUCAACAGUAAAUGGAGUUUCAGGGGAAAUGUGUGCUUUCUAAAGUUACAGAUGAGAUAUUGCUUAGGUAUCCAUGAAUGGUGUUCGGGCUGGAGGAAAUCCAUUGUAGGAGUCGUGGGAAUCAUAUAGAUGCUUGUUGUAUUCAAGAUUGGUGAGAGCAUAUUACAGGAGUUAUUGGAAGAAACAAGUAAGAGAGUUGUCGGGGUUUGUACUCAGCAAAAAGAGAUAGUCCUGAAGUGUUAUCUCAUAAUGAUCCAAUUGUGUAUUUUCAUAAAAUCGAAUGGAGUGGGUCAUGGUACUGUACUUAACAAGGACAUAUGCAACGAAGGGCUCAACAAGUGGCACAUAGAAAUUGUAUGGCUCAACAAGUGGCACAUAGAAAUUGUAUGUAUGUAUUCCUGGAAAUCUGAUAAUAACGUUGAGGUGGAUGGGCAUUACCAAAUGCUAGGAACUCAGUUAAAGGUAGUCUUGUCUGAUUGUGGCCAUUUGAUAGUUCGACACGAAGGUUGGAUUAUGUCAGGUUGGGAAGUUGGUAUAAGGAAGUUAUAUAACUCAAUGUUUGUCGGCAGUAUGGGAUUCCGGCGCAAUCAGACGUGGCAGGUGACAUUCAAGUCUUUACAGAGAUUCUCGAAUCUCGAUACACAUUACACUCUCAACACCUGCUGCAACUAAAUACUCUAUCAACAAGAGUAUUAAUUGCAAGUUUGAUCAAGAGCUCAACACUUUUCAUCACUUUAGAGAGAUCGGUCAAAUGAAGGGAAUGCGUAUAUCUUUAUCACCCAAGAGUCUUACCUCACUGUUGAUGGUGGUUUUUAGUUCAGGGAUAAAAUUGUAAAACCCUGCAUCUAAUAGACCGACACUCUGUAAAGAGACAGAGCCGUGUAAAGGUGAUAGGUGUUUAACCUCUUCAAUGGUACAUUUAUUGAGCAACUAAAUAUUCUCUCAUAAAAUUUACCCAGAAUGGUGCAUGUAGCAACAAUCCCAGGUAUUCUGUAAAUUUGGGCACGUACAUUCAAUUAAUAUAAGUUUCUUUGAAUGCUU